UUUGAAGGCCUAAUGUUGCUUUCUUCAGAGUUGGAGAAAGAAAGAGAACAUGACUGACAGUUGACUUGAAUAUGAGUUGUCUCCAAAUGACGCGACUCAGAUAAGAUUUCAAACCUGCCAUAUAUUGUCUUCAGAUUGCUCUCUGGAUGACCUUGGAAACUGAGCAUGGGUGUGACAAUCAAGUCAGAGCAAGCAUUGUAGAAGAACCAGAAGGAGAGAUGGUAGGGCAUUUCAUGGUCUGCGUCGACGGGAUCAUCGCCUCGGCGGCGUGCUUCGAGCCCGUGAAUCCCGGCGGUUCUCCUCAGGCGGACGGCGGGGCGGUGGAGGAGGGGUGCUCGGUAAGCAGGACGGCCAUCGCCGGUCACAAGAAGAAGGGAGGUGAGAUGAUCGAGUGCAGAAUAUGCCAGGAGGAAGGGGACGAGUGCGACAUGGAAACCCCUUGCGCUUGUAAUGGAACCCUCAAGUUUGCCCACAGGAAAUGUAUUCAGAAAUGGUGCAAUAAGAAAGGGAAUAUCACUUGUGAAAUCUGCAACCAGGUUUUUGCCCCAAAUUAUUCUGUUCCCCCAAGCAGACCCAGUCCUGAUGUAAUUGCUAUUGACAUCAGGCAAAGUUGGGGUUCACGGUUUGAUCUUCGUGAUUCCCAUUUUCUCGCCAUAACUGCUGCAGAGCAGGAGUUACUAAAUGCAGAAUAUGAGGAUUAUGCAGCUGCAAGUGCCAGUGGAAUUGCCUGUUGCCGCACUGUUGCUUUAAUUUUGAUGCUUUUGUUGCUUGUUCGACAAAUUUUUAAUUCAUCGAGGGAAGUUGGACUGAUGCAGGACAUAUCGGCAUUGUUCAAUGUAUCUCUCCAGUUCGUUGGCUUUUUCCUACCGUGCUAUGUGAUCGCACGUUCCUGCUACUUUAUACAAAGCCGUAGGAGGCGGCAGGUCUAGGAGUUUGUGGUGAAUCAACUUGUUUCAUGCAACAUGCAUCAAAAGGAGAUCUCUCAUUGUUUUCGGAGCUAUGAAGCUCAUCUCCUUUUUUUUCUCCACCUUGAUUGCCAGGUUAUGAAAUCAUCAAAAAAAUUGAUGGUCUGGGAAAGAAUGUGAUUUGUGUUCCAAUGUGAAUGCAUUGGUUGUGUUAAGAUAUCGAACAACAAAUCCCUUAGGAAAAUGUAAAUAUGAAACUCUCAUGUCUUUUGGUUGUGCAUUUUUGUCCUGCCACAUCCCAGAAGUGGGUUUG